CGCAUCUUCACGGCCAAGGACAAGAUAGAGAUUGACUUGACCGGAUGGAUGGUCCCUGUGGCUCAUCAUCCCUUUGGAUGCAGUCUAGGAAGUGCGGAUGGAACUGAUACUUUCCGAGAGCAGGCAUGCGCGUUAGAGUGUUUUGGAUGGGCGCCCAACUGGACGUGAUUGCUCGUGGAGCCGUGCUGUGUUGUUAAUUGAAACACAAGCUGUGGGACCGCCGGUGAUAUGCUGCAGCAGAGCAGCUGGAAUGAUGGGCUUGCUGUGUCUUUGCGAUAUAAAGAGAGAGCCUCUCUCGAUCAUCCAGCCUGCACUGUCCAACCAACCCCCGCCGCACCAUGCAGUUCACCUACAACCUUCUCCUUGUCCUGGCCAUUGCCACAUUGGGUCUGGGUGCCCAGGCUGCGAUUGUGAAUGUUCCUCGACAGCCACAAGGACUUGCCGAAAGCUGCCCCAAAUGCGGAGUCCCUGCCAUGUCAGCAUGACACAGGAACUAGACCAGAGAGUAGCACAUAUGCGAAGACAAAGAUUGUAGCGGAUGCUGAGAUAAAGAAAGAGCGAUAUCAAG